AUGGUGCAGAAUCUGAAUGUCAGUGCUGGUCCUGCGCCGACGGUUGUCAUCAUUCCUGGCUCAUUUUCGUCCGCGUAUUUCUACGACGAAAUUGUCCAUCAGCUUCGGAUGAAUGGCUUCGAGGCGGCGGCAUAUGAUCUUCCUUCAGCCAGCCGGAUGCCUCCUCAACCUGCUGCCACGUUGGCCAAUGACGCUGCUUUCUUUCAUGACAUUGCGCAGAAGAUCGCCGAUCAGGGCAAAGAUAUCGUCUUUGUUACGCAUUCCUACGGAGGCGUGGUUGGCACAGAAGCCUCGAAGGGGUUGACCAAAGCGGAGCGCCAAGCAGAUGGUAAAGAGGGUGGGCUGGUUAGAUUGGUAUAUCUCACUUCGGUGGUGCCGUCUGUUGGAAACUCCUUGGCCGAUACAAUGGGCGACCUCGUGCCAACGUAUUUGAAGGUUGAGGGGGAAUACAUGAGGCACGAUCCACCCGAAGAGAGUGCAAAGUUGACAUUUUCGGACCUGCCGCCGGAAGUAGGGGUUGACUGGGUCAAGAAAAUGCCCUUACAUUCUGCCCCGAGCUUUGCGGGUAAGUUAACACAUCCGGGGUACAAAUAUGUCCCCGUGUCGUGGAUAUUCUGCGAGGAUGAUCUCAUCCUGGUUCCGGAAUUUCAGCGCAACUGCAUCGAGAUGAUCGAGAGGGAAAGCGGCAAUAAAGUCGAGGUGCACAACCUCAAGGCUGGGCAUUGUCCGAACGCAAGUGUUGGCGUGGAGACAGCGAUGCUGAUUACUCGGGCAAUAAAGGAAGCAUGA